UAUAUCACUGAUAUUAUUUGCAUACCCUAAAUGCUAGCUGCUUGUCUACGGAGGGUGUCUCGUUCAAUACGCAUACUUCGUGGGCAAACUCUUAGUUUGAAAUCGGGUGGAAGUGUGGAUAGUUGGAGAUCGAGAGACUGUCGUCAAUUCAACAUGUCGUCUGUCAGCCCCCCUGGUGGUUCCUGGUUAAGGGACAUAUUGGAGGACCAGUCUACACAGACGUACUACAUAGAGUAUGACAGAUUCUUCAGUAACCACCUGACACAUGGUAUCAUAGCAAUAGAGAAACUUGGUGGUGACAAAGACAGGGUCAACAGGUUCGUUGAACACUACAAAAAUCACGGGAAGCUGGAACCGCCUAAUCACCCACGUCACAGUGACGAAAGCACUGACGCAGAACCCGCAACGGAUGACGAACUACACAAACUUCUUGGGCAAAGGAAAUUGUACUACAAGAUACGUAAUCGAUUCAGAGUGAUACUGAAGGAACAUGGAUCAGCGGAAGAAAUGCUGAGAGAGGAAUUUCCAAAAUUGAGUAGGGGGCUAGUGUGCUCGGCCGCCCACGGUUUGAUACACACAGGCUAUGGAUACAGCGUUCGAUGCUCGUCCACAGUAACUGAAGGUCUGGCAUAUCUACAUCAUUCUUGUAAACCACUAAUAUUUGACGAAAAGAACCCGGAUAAUGACAUCAGCCAUUUUGGAAAAGGAGCAUGCGACAUUUUGACCGUACUUGCGGAACUGAAGAAAGAUGAAAAUUUAAGAAAGUACAUGGAAGACGAAGCAGUGAAGCUCAGACAAAGCGAUUGGUAUUCUGGUGGAUUCCAGUACAGAGUUGCCGCUCUUGUUGGAAAAGGUGAUGAUCUGAUGAAGUAUGCCUAUAAGAUCAAAGUACCGGUGAUACAGAGCUGUCAGGAUGAGGAUGGCCUGGCAGUCGCGCUUGCUAAUUGGUUACUAGACCAGGCCAUUGCUGUUUUUGCAUUGUCGGAAAUCAAAAACGACUUUUUUCUUCUUCAUGGUGUGACAGCUGCUUGGUCGUUACGACAAAUUAUCCCUUUGUUAAAACAUCCAGAUGCCGUUGACGCCUUGAGAACAUUCACGUGUGCCUUGUUAGCGGUUUAUGUCAGCCAGGGAUGUCCCGACUUGACAAACAAACCGGAAAUCCCACAAACGGACGUCACAGCUUCUGAUUGGCAGGAAAUCAUUGACAAGGCAUUAGCACGUGACACUGAUGAACAUAUUUACAAACUUGUACAGGUCUGCCAUGACACGUGGCGCGAGAAGAAUGGUUCCGACGGUGCUGCCCUCUAUAUACACGCAGCUCAAAUGUGUAUUGAUCACGACCUUCAUUUCUGAAAUACUGCAAUAGUUUGACAAAAUGCAUGGCUUCAAGGUGAAUGUAGGUCAAUUUGCUGAUGACGUCCAACUAAAAGUAGAUGUUGUUAUGACGUCAUUUUCCUAGUUAAGAAUUUGGCCAAGAAUAGUUUAGCUUUUUUUUGACGUAACAUUAAAUUGUUAAAUAAAAGAAUAUCUUUCUGGAGAAAAAUGUU